UAACAUUUUAAAAUUAAUAUUAAAAUAUAAAAAAAUGUAAAUGACAGGUGUUGCUAGCUAAAUGAUGCCACGAUUAUUUUGAAUCAAAAUUAGGAACUAAGUCAAACCCAAAGUUUAAUAUUAAGGGCAACACUUAGGAUGCACCCAUCCCUAUGAAUUUCCUUUUCAUGACUGAGAUAAAUAAUUAAGAAUAUUUAAUAAAAAUUAGGGAUAUAGAACAAAAAUAGAUAAAACAUAAAUAAUAGGUCGGGAUGCAAAAAUUUCGUAAAUGCGCAUUUAUUGGCAUUCAUAAUUGAUGACAUGCAUUUGUAUUUGUGAAUAAUAAAAAAAGAUGCAAAUAUGUAAUUUGUCGUUGUAAUGCACCCAAGAGGUACGAUGUAGGAGGGGACAUGAAACCAUGAGCUAACAAAAUAAAAUAAAAGAAUUUGUUAAAAUAUUUCGAGUGUUAGUCGCGUUAGAUUUAACUAAAUCUUUAUAUCAAUGGGAGUCUAGAAACUUGAAACUGAAAUUGAGAUUCUCAAACGAAAAUCUAAUCAGAGAAGAUUAGAUUAGUUGCAAAUUACAAUGUUGCACCAAGGCACCAAUGGAGUCCACCGAAUUGACUUAACUCCGGCAGCCAACGGGGACGAAUAUUUCGACAGAUCUGCUGAACUGAAACUCUUCGACGACACCAAAGCCGGAGUGAAAGGCCUUGUCGACAACGGCAUUACCCAAAUACCGCGAAUAUUUUACCGACCGCCUGAUUCCAGCGACUACCCUGUUGCCGGGGACACCGAACUGAGCAUUCCAGUAAUAGACCUCGAAGGCAUUGACGCAGAUUCAUCCAAACGAAGACAUGUCGUCAAUACAGUCAGAGAAGCCUCUGAGAAAUGGGGUUUCUUUCAAUUGGUCAACCAUGGAGUUCCGCUGAGUGUUCUGGAUGAAAUUAAAAAUAGAACACUAAGAUUUUACGAACAAGAUACCGAACUGAAGAAGCUAUUCUACACCCGCCACAACACAAAAUCCAUUGUUUACAACAGUAAUUUCGAUCUGUUUACUGCACCAGCCGCUAAUUGGAGAGACACAUUCCUCUGUUUCAUGGCCCCUAAUGUUCCAAACCCACAAGACUUGCCUGAAGUUUGCCGAGAUAUCCUGUUCGAGUAUUCAAAAGAAAUGAAGAAAUUGGGGCGAGUACUAUUUGGGAUGCUUUCGGAGGCUCUUGGCUUGAACACGAAUUAUCUAAGCGAUAUCGAAUGCGACAGGGGAUUAGCUGUUCUGUGUCAUUACUAUCCAGCAUGUCCACAGCCAGAGCUCACUUUAGGCACAACUGAACACGCCGACAAUGAUUUCUUGACGCUUCUUCUACAAGACGACCAAAUCGGAGGUCUUCAAGUUCUCCACGAAAAGAAGUGGGUUGAUAUUCCUCCAAUUCCCGGAGCACUGGUGAUCAACAUUGGGGAUCUUCUUCAGCUGAUUUCCAACGAUCGGUUCAAGAGCGUGGAGCAUAGGGUGGUGGCGAAUCGAGAAGGUCCGAGAGUUUCGGUUGCGAGCUUUUUUGGGAUCGGCGUUUAUCCAACAUCUCAAGUUUAUGGACCCAUAAAGGAAUUGUUAUCGGAGAAAAAUCGUGCCAAGUAUAGAGAAACUACGCUCAAAGACUUCUAUUUCUACCACAAUAUGAGAGGGUUGAAUGGAAUUUCCGCUCUGCAACAUUUCAGGCUCGGUCCCGAGGAUGAAAGAAAUGGUUAGUGGCCGAUUGUUUUUAAUUUUAGUGGGUGGAAGUAGAAGAGGAAGAUCUACGGGAGUGUUUAGGUUAGUUUGAUUAUUAUUAUUUCUGAAAGCUGGUUGGAUUUGAGAUCUGUUAUUUGAAGUUUAUUGACUCUGUUCGUCGAUUUCAAACAAUGGCGCACCAAAUAGUUAAAGGAUAUUUUCCUACUUAAUUGAUUGUUUCGGGUUUUCUUGACUA